CGUCAUAUCAGUGUUUUUGUUAUUGUUGUUAUAGGCGCUGAGUUAGAGCAAGUGAUACUUCGAGGACGAGAUCUGCUCAUUUUUGUUUAUUCUGGAGAAACCCUGAAACAAAGGAUCAUUUAUAGUGUUGAAUGAUUUUACUUGUAGUUGGUUUAUAAGUCUGUCUACGACGGCUGGAAGUGCCUGGGCUCAGGUUGCAUACUCACCAUGGAGGGGACCUGGAAGGUGGAGUUCAGGAACGUGGGGCGGACCUACUUUCCCCAAAGCCGAGUCGAGUGCCAUUACAGCUUAGGGGCCCAGCAUCUCUGGAGCAGCAGUGACUGGAUCGGGCUUUUUAAGGUGGGCUGGUCAUCGGUGAGGGAUUACCACACGUUUGUCUGGGCCCUGGCUCCGACUGGGUACCAGGCGGGAGCGGCUGUGAACUGCUGUGUGCAUUUCCAAGCGUCAUACCUGCCCCGCUCUGGGACGGACCCCUUCCAGUUCGUGUACAUCGAUGGGAAGGGGGAGGUUUGCGCCCGCAGCUCGCCGUUCACGUUCUGCGCCCCCAAACCACUGGAGGACCUGGUGACCCUCGAGCAGGAGGGGUCUGGCGAGGACGGGGGGGCAGACCUGCUGCUGGUGGUGCCGCGGGCUGAGCUGCUGCAGGGCCGGCUGGAGGACCUCCUGCGGGAGCGCUCCGAGCUGCUGCGGGCCCGGGAUGCCGCAGAGCGCAGCCGGGAGGUAGAGAGGGAGCUGAGGGAGCGGGUGGAGAUGCAGAGUGGCCUGGCCAGGGCGGAGCUGGAGGGCAGCUUGGCGGAGCUGAAGGAAAGGCUGACACGGACAAAGGAGAAGGUGGAGGAGUUGGAGAAGGAGCGGGAGAUGAUAUCUACAGAACGUGAGGGUCUGAUGGUGGACAAAGCAGAGAACCAGAAGAGGAUCUGGGAGCUGGAGGAGCAGGCGAAGAGCGUCAUGCUCAGGGGCUUGGAGAAGGAAGCUGAGCUGGACAGGAUGAGGGAGCGCAUGCAGAACCUAACGGCACAGAAGAGGGAUGAGGAUGAGGAGAUGCAGUGCCUGAAGGCCCAGCUGGAGCAGUCGGAGGCAGAUCUGCGCACCCUGGGGAGCGAGUUUCAGGAGCUGCGGAGCUUGCUGGCACAGAGGGACACGCAGGUGCUGCAGCUGAGGGGCACCAUCAGCACACUCAGUGGCAAACUGCAGGCCGCGCAGAGGAAGGAGGGGGAGUGUGAGGCAGCCCUUAAGGACCUGCAGGAGCUGCAGGGGCGUCUGGCUACCAGCGAGGGCACUGCUGAGGGCCUGAAAGUAGAGCUCACUGCUAUGGCGGCCAGAUGUGACCAGAGCCGCCUGGAGGCUGCACAGCUCACCCUGCAGCUCGCUGACAGCAGCCUGGCCCUCCGGGAGAGCCGUGCCGCAUGGGGGCAGGAGAGAGAGGCGCUGCAGCAGGGUGUCCGGCUAGAGAAGGAGCGGGUGGAGAAACUUAGCAAAGAGCUGCAGCAGAAGGAGAAGUGCCUCCAGGUGGAGAAGAUGGAGAGAGAGAAGGUGGAGGUGGAGCUGGGAAGAGAGAGAGACUGUAGCAGGGUGCAGCUCAGUGAGUCAUGGCGGGGGCUGGAGGAUCUGAAGGCCAGUCUGAGGAUGGUGCAGAACGACAAGGAGCAGCUGCUGCUGGAGAAACAGGAGAUGCUUGACUACAUGCGGCAGCUUGAGCAGAGGCUUGAUGCUGUGGCCGAUGCCAAGUGGAGUGAAGCGGCCUUCUCCUCCAACAGUCGCCCUGACAGCCCCGUGUCUGAUUUCGAGGAUGAUGCCCUUGAGGCCGGACUCCACCACCCUCCCCCUCCCCUGCCCCCGCCCCUGGGCCCCUACGGCCUGUGCGAGGCUCCACUUUCGGAGGCACUGCUUUUGGGCACACCCCCCCCUUCGCCGCGGGAACAGUGCCGGGGGACCGUGGUCAUCAGCCAGCCAGCGCCUCUCUCAUCCCCACGGCAACCAGGCAGUGACAUCGCUACGCAGAGCUUGGACUCGGAGGAGGAGCCUGAAGUGGCCCAAUCAGAAGCAGCCCAAUCAGAAACGGCCCAAUCAAGAGGUCAGAGUUCCAGAAAAGGGGCGACCUCGCUCCCUCUGGACCAGCGGGACUCCGCUCCAAGUGACUUUGCCGGCGCCCCCCUCUGGUAGUGCGUGGAAGUGCAGGAGCCGUGCUGGAGCCUAUUUUCCCCAACAUCCUGUGCAUUACACAGUUUUAUACACAUUGACUUAGAAAUCCACAGAGCACAGCCGGUCCCCACCUGCAUAAUUCACGUGAAAUGCAAAGUACAGGAAUAAGGGUAUGGUUUUAUUGCCAGUGUGAGUGUGGCUGUGUGUGUGUGUGAGUGUGUGUGUGUGUGUGUGUGUGUGUGUGUGUGGCCAUGUGUAUAUUACAUUGUGGGGACCAAGUGUCCCCACAUUGUGAUAAAAUUUUAAUGUUGUGG